AUGGCUCCUUAUUUCUUGCUGAAAUGCAAGUCAUAUAUGUGGAGAUUUAUUGAACCGGAACUCCGAUUCUUAACAGAGACCAACUUCCCUAAACUCCGGGUGCUGCAUGUAAGCAGAUGCAGUGAGCUAGAGGAAAUUCCCUGUGAUAUUGGAGAUAUCCCAACUCUCCAAACCAUUUCCGUACGUGAAUGUAGGGCUUCUGUAGUUUCCUCAGCACAACAAAUUCAGAAGGUGCAGCAAGAUGAUUUCAGCAACUCGGAAGCUGAACAUAUAUGCACUGGAAUAGAAGGCACACAGGAUUUGCAGAUGGUCAAUCUGACACUGCGUGUGCUAUCUCUCCCUGAGGUGAAUCGUCUUCCCGUUAUUUUCCAAACCAUAGGGCUUGAGUAUGAUGAGGAAGUCCUGCCAUCUAUUGGUAAUGAGGUUCUGAAGGCUGUGGUUGCUCAAUUCAACACUGAUCAAUUGCUCACUGAACGACCCCAUGUUUCUGCUCUCGUGAGAGAGAGUUUGAUCAGAAGGGCCAAGGAUUUCAACAUUGUUUUGGAUGACGUUGCCAUCACACACUUGUCGUAUGGUGCGGAAUUCUCAAAGGCUGUAGAGCAGAAGCAAGUGGCCCAACAAGAGGCGGAGAGGUCUAAGUUUGUCGUCAUGAAGGCAGAUCAGGAGAGGAGUGCUGCUAUUAUUCGGGCUGAGGGUGAAAGUGAGUCUGCUAAGCUGAUUUCCGAUGCAACUGCAGCUGCAGGGAUGGGCUUGAUCGAGCUGAGGAAGAUUGAGGCAGCAAAAGAAAAUGCAGCGUCCAUGGCCAGGAUUGGGAAUGUGGUUUAUCUUCCUAGCAGCAACAACAUGCUUCUCGGGGUUAAUCCUGCACGUUAG